AUGUCAAGACAGAUCGAUUAUGGAGAGCCCGCCCAUCAUCCGUAUCAAUACCCACCCGGUUUGCUGGAUAAUCUGCUACCUUCACCAGAGAAGAACGAGAGCCGGAGGGAUUUUCCAUUCGAGGUCACUUUUGAGAACAUUGAGCAUGCUGCGUGGACGGCAGAUCAAUUCGAGGAUCCAUCCCUGGUGUUCAAAGAAUAUCAACACCUCACAGCGAACGGCUUUGAGCGACUCGGGAAUGCUACUUUAAACCAGAAACGGCGGCUUGCUCAGCAGUGGCUAUUGUACGGCCUCCUCUCUUCAACGUUCGGUAUCAGAAAAAGGGAAGAGAUUCUAGACUGCAGCAACUCGCUCGGAGGAUGUGAUUUCCGGAGGAAACUCCAAAUUUGGCACAAUGACCUCCACGAGGUGGACGUUAUUGAAAACAGGCUCAGAUUCGCUGCGUUGCAGAUCAAUAAAUUGGAUUCGGAAAUGCCGACGGCUGAAAACACAUGCACUGAGGACCACACGUUGGGAGCGCUUUUACUGUGCGGGAAGUUGGUCAUGGAAUAUAUCGCUUCUAUUGUAACAGCUCACCGGAUCGCGCCCCCCAAACCAGGUCUACUCAGCCGCCGCCACGAACCUUGGUUCUCCAAGAGCCUCAAACUUGCACACAACGCCCACCACGCAUGGCCUAAUGGGGAUGACGAAAGGCAAUUGAGGCUUUUUCGCCCGCUUUUGCCAGGGAGCUCGGUACCAUGUAGUUUGUCGGGGAAACUUCUUCUCUCAUGGUUUAGGAGGAAUGGAUGGUGUCCUGUUGUCGUCAACCGAAUUCUGCAAAAUUACGACUACUCGACCGCGUAUUACCUUUGUCGCAUUCGAAUUCAACAAGCCGGAGUUGACCACGUAAGUUGUCAAUCUGCUCUGAGAUGCGAAGCAUAUGAUCUUGGGCCCAAGGAACAGACUUUAUAUGAGCCAGCACACGCACCAGAAUGUCCAGAUCAAACAGACUGCCCAGUUCCAGUCAAAUAUCAAGACUUCCACAAGAAGCUCUGUGACAUGGUUGCGGAUAGCAAAAUGCCGAUUUGCUACAUUGACCUCUCUACCGAGGAUGGCGAUCUCAACGUCGAUGUUGAACCAUACAUAGGCACACAAAAUUUCACCGCGAUCUCACAUGUCUGGAGUGACGGAAUGGGCAACCAAAGCAGAAACCAAAUAUGGAGAUGUCAACUGAAACGCAUCAAAGAGGAACUCCAAAAGCUAGAAGACGAGAAACGAAAUGCGUUGCAUCCUGUGGAGAGAAUUUGCUCCGUGCAGGUUGUCAAACAGAAGAGCGGGUUCCGGAGGCUUUAUUUCUGGCUCGACACCCUCUGUAUUCCAAGGAACCAUCCCAGCAACGGUAGUGAGAAGAACGGUCACCUGCGUGAAAAAGCGAUCAGGCAUAUCACCCCCAUAUUUCAAGCCGCUGACCAAGUCCUUGUCAUUGACCGUGGCAUCGAACAGUUAUCCAAAUUCACCGAAGAUGGGUUAUCAGUGCGUAUACUGUUUUCGAAAUGGGCACAACGCGUCUGGACGUUUCAAGAGGGGGCUUCAGCUAGAGACGUCCGUUUCAAGAUAAAUAAACAAAGCCCGGCGGCACUGCCAGAAAUGACGUCCACACAGAAAUCGGGGUGGUCUCCCAGACACGUUUUCGACCGGCAGUUGCAGCAAUCGACUGUGCGAGGUCAACUGGGGAUCCUCUCGGAGUUGAUAUCAUGGCUCGAUCGUAUACUCAUGGGGGAAAAGCUGCCGACUUCACCGAAGAGCGCGUUUUGGAUACCUCUCAAGACAAUCCAUGCAUCCUCGUUGGGAGACAUUCACAAGAUAGUGAAACGCGCGGGAAGUCAAAAGGCUGACAUGACCGAGUCCGAAGCUUCGAAAUCGGACAUUUUGAUCCAUGUUCACAAUAUUCUCAUCCGCAGGAGCGCCGCAUGCCGUGAGGAUCCUCUGCAUAUUGCGGCAAACAUGCUCGACUUCGAUACGAGUGGCUUUUCGAGAAGCAAGGUGGAAACACGGGGACUGCCUGCAAUUCUCAGGGGAUGCGGGAAACUUCCUCUGGCCUUGCUCUUUAACACGAAGUUGUCCAUCUACGGGGAUGUAAGCUUCGCUGAACUAAAUCCCGAACAUUCAUGGAUACCUUCACGAAUUGAAGGCGACGAGCUCUCUCCGGGGGCUACCAUGAAUUUAUUGGAGAACGGGUGGCUUUUCUUGAAUAUUGAUGGAGGACCAAGACUGCAGCUCUUGAGCGUUGAACAAGCAGUACCAUACGGGCGUUUUCAAUUCCCGUACCUGCAAAUUCUCGAAAUUCGCGAAAGCGAUGACGAGUUGAGGGAAGGAUAUAUUAUCGAACACCACUUGCCCCAUUAUCGGCUUGCUCCUAGGCGCCAGACGGAGGAUAGCGAAAUCCAUCAAGUCCAGGUGUCGCACGAUGAGCGACUCGAAUAUUAUACCCGCGCGAAAUGCAAAGUUGAGGAACAGAGGGGCACAUUAUAUCUGAUCGACAAAUCCACGGGAUCUGCUGAACUCGGCGGCUACGCUGGCCGUGGAGCACGACUGGCUGUGAUAGAGAAGUCGGAUGGCAGACAGUGCGUUCAAUUUGUCUGUCCUAUUACUGCGUGGACAGUAAGACAAUGGCAGGCUGCUCAUUCAACUUUACACUUAGCCAAUGACGACGGUAGCAUCGGCGGAUCUGCGAUUGAAGCUCGGGAUAUCGGGCACGAGAGGCCAAGGUUCUAUCUCCGAUGUGGUGGGCUCAAUGGCCCUAAACUUGACGCGCGGGGUGUAUCUACUCCGAUCUUUCGACGCCCAGGUGCCAUAGCCGUCAUGAUGGCCACUUACACGAUGACGAUGGUACUCGCAAUUUCAAUGGUCUGCAUAAUAGGAGCCUGCAUCCACGAUUGUGACGCAAUGGUUGUUUCCAUCGGCAUCGGCAGCAGCAUAGGCGGCUGGUUUGUUGGGAGCAUCAUCCUCUCUGUGGCUAUUCGGUCUGGCUACGAGCGGUACCAUCUCCGGCUGGUUGGAAAAUGGCUCGAAGGCUAUGGCGUUUCGUUGAAGCCUCAGGUUGAGAACCACGAGGCAUUUCAAUUCCUUGCUUGCCUCAAGCCAAAGCGCCUGCAUUUGUUGCAAUCACUAGAAGUCCGGAUAUACGACGACCAAACCACCGGUCACGCUACCGCAGAGUAUAGCUCUCCUGCUGUUGCAUUCAAGCCAAGGUUCUGGUCCAAUUCACGUCAAGGUCCAACUUCACGCAACGCAAUGCUUCUGGAAGCAAGAAAAACCCGAAUCGUGGUCGUAAACAACACCAAUGACCCCAAGAAGAGUAAACCCUGGUUAAUAGUCAUCAUCGUCCUCAGCAGCAUUAGCCUUUUCUGCGGCAUCCUCGCAAUGGUACUCCGCAUGAUGGCACGGAGGCGUGCACGGGGCGCCAAAGAUGAGGCGAAUAUCGAUGGGGAAGUUCCCUCUGAAGAAGACCCCGCCCGUACCGAUGCUUCUACAUUCGAUCCGCCGAGACAUAAAGAACACCCGUACUACAACAGCACCGGAUACGAGGCGACCCCAGAUCAGAACCAAACUCUGUUGGGCAACGACGAAAGGGCUCCGGUCACGCGUUGGGACAGUGACUCUGACGCCGUUGCAGGGCUUCAGCGACCCGAGAGCAUCGCUAGCUCCUACAAUGCACCGCCACCUCGUUACGAAUAG